CCCAAAUUAAAAAAAUCCCCUUGGCGCCAAGCACACAUACACCAUGGCUGAAUCCAACGUGCAAAAGGACAAACCCGCCGAGCAGUACAGCUGGUACCAGCCCGACCUCGCACAGGUCAAGGAGCCCGCCCGGACUCUGCUGGCCGAGUACAGCAAGAUCCCCGAGGAGAAGAUCAUCAAACAUGUCAAGGAGGUGCGCGACCGCGCCUUCGCCGUGUUCCCCUACCCCUGCAUCGGAUCCUUCCGCUUCCUCGACAUCACCAUCUGCGCCUCCCCGGCCUACCCAGAGAUCCUCUCGCGACUCAAGACCUCAGACGAGACAUACCUAGACCUAGGCUGCGCAAUGGGCCAAGACAUCCGCUACCUGAUCCACCAAGGCGCCCCGGCCUCCCGCCUCUACGGAAGCGACCUGCACCCCGAGUUCAUCUCCCUGGGCUACGACCUCUUCGCCGACCGCGCCACGCUACCCACCGAAUUCAUCCCCAGCGACAUCUUCGACCCCUCCUGCGCCCUUCUCACUCGACUGACUGGACAGGUCGAUAUCAUCAACGCCGCCUCGUUCUUUCAUCUCUUCGACUGGGCCACGCAGGUGGCGCUGGCCAAGCAGGUCAUCGCGCUGCUGCGCCCGCAGAAGGGGUCGCUGCUCGUCGGCCGGCACGUCGGGGACUUUGACGCGGGGGAGCGCGCGGACAGCGAGCUGGGCAAUACCUACUACCGGCAUGAUCUGGCGUCAUGGCGGCGGAUGUGGGCGCAGGUGAUGGCGGAGACGGGCACGGAGUGGGAGGUCGACGUGCGGGCGGAGGAGUGGGCGGACGUCAAGCAGAAUCGGCAUAAUCGGGAGAGUUCGUUCAAGAUGGUUUUUGUGGUGAGGAGGGUUUAA